AUGGAAUCCCUUUCUGACUCCCAGCUCGAGAACCUGCUUCAGACCUACGUGGGUCUGGAGGACACUUUCAGCGACGAGGGCGAGCCGCCAGUCGGCGUGAAGGGUGUGGAGGCCGUCGGCGGCGCGAAAACGGUCGACGUGGAGGGCGCGAAGGCGGUCGGCGUGGAAGGCGUGGCGGCGAUCGGCGCGGAGGGCACGAAGGUGGUCAUCGUGGAGAGCGCGAAGGCGGUCGACACGGAGGGCGCGAAGGAGCUCACGAAGGUGGGCGUCGUGGCGGGCGUGAAGGGCAUGAAGGCGGGCGUCGUGGAGGGCGUGAAGGGCACGAAGGUCGUCGUCGUGGAGGGCGCGAAGGCGGUCGACAUGGAGGACGCGAAGGCGGUCGUCGUCGAGGACGCGAAGGCGGUCAACGUGGAGGACGCGAAGGCGGUCGACGUUGCGAAGGCGGUCGUCGUCGAGGGCAUGAAGGCGGUCGUCGUCGAGGGCGCGAAGGCGGUCGACAUGGAGGGCGCGAAGGCGGUCGUCGUCGAGGGCGCGAAGGCGGUCAACGUGGAGGACGCGAAGGCGGUCGUCGUCGAGGGCGCGAAGGCGGUCGACGUGGAGGGCGCGAAGGUGGUCGUCGUGGAGGGCACGAAAGUGGUCGACACGAAGGGCGUGGCGGCUGUUGGCGCGCAGGGCGAGAAGACAGUCUUCGUGGUCGGCGCGAAGGGGGCGGAGGGUGGCUCCAACCCUCGCCUCACAACUGGCUCUCCGGCUUUCGAUGCCCCUGUCAGCGGAAUCGAAGUCAUCCUGCAGCAGGGUGUUGAUGGUCUGGCGGCGUCCGGUCUGCCACGGGCUGCCUGCCAGCAGCUGCUCAACUGCUUGACGCUCGCACGUCAACCGCCGGACCCUGCGCCUGCAGUGAUGAUUGACCUUGUCGACGUUCCUCACGACCAGCAGGAUACUUUGCCGUGGGAGCCCAACGAGGCGACGUUCGACGUGUUCAAGGAGUUCAACUUGACCGAGCCCAAGAACGACCACAACUUGGCCGCGUUUCAGCAGCACGACGAGAGCACUGUUGCGGGCAAGGUUCCGGCAGCUGUGACGCGGGCCAAGCAGCUGAAGUUGUCUGCCAGCAAGACAAAGAAGGGGAAGGCGGCGCUGGCGGCAGUGGAGGUGGAGAGUGAGGCAGCGGCGUUGGCGGCUACUAAGACUACAGCAGCAGUGCGCAUCAAGAAGGCCAAGUCUCGAAAGGGGCGCAAGGCCCUGCUGGCGGCGGACAAGGCCACCUGCGCGCCGAGCAAGGCGAAGCAAAGGAGGAAGAGGACGGCGAAGGCUUCGGCUACUUGGGGUGGCGCUGAUCUGGCGGACACGCUUGAGGCGAAGCCUUGGACUCCUGGCACAGACGCGGCGAAGCCCUCGAAAAAGGGCAGGAAAAGGAAGGCUGAGAGCGCGGCCCCGGAGUCGGCCCCCAAGGCGAAGGCCAAAGCCAGGGCGAAGGCCAAGGCAUCUGCGGCCAAAGCUGUGAAAGCUGACGGUCUCGAGCCAGAGAGGGAGGUCAUGGGUAAGGCAACCUUUGCCAAGCGCUACCGGCCUUCAGAUCGCCGCCCGAACCACCAGUUCAAGUACGAUUGGAUCUCGAGCGUGUACAACACGGAGCUUCGCAGCAAGCUGACUGGCCACGUGAAGAUGGAGGCCUGCUGCGACCUUUUCGUCUUUCGUUCGUGA